GUCUCCUCCCUCCCCGGGCCGCCCGCCCCCACGCGCACCGCGCCCUGCCCAGGAAUUCCCUCCCGGGACCAGGCUGGUGAGCUGCUGCCCGCGUCCAGGCUCCCCAGUGUCCCCGCCGCAGCCGGAGCGUCUCCCCACGGACAGACAGACGCGAGGCAGCCCUGCCGCCCGGAUCCCCCGCCCACCCGGACCAGGGGACCCACCUGGACUAGGGGAGCCACUGGACAUGGACACGCGGGGACCCAAAGCCCCAGGCGGGGAUGCGCGGCGGGACACGGCAGAAAAUCUAUUUCAGGAACUUCAAGAACAUUUUCAAGCUCUGAUUGCAACGUUAAACCUCAGAAUGGAAGAAAUGGGAAGUCGCCUCGAGGAUCUACAGAAGAAUGUAAAUGACCUCAUGGUGCAAGCUGGGGUUGAGGAUCCUGUUUCGGAACAAGGGGCAAGGGCGUCAUUAGGAAACUAAAGGUUUGCCUUCCGCCUGUGUUUUGAUUGCUUUAAUCUUGAAAAGGGCAAUCCUGUAUUUGUUCACCGUGGGGACCCCUGCCUCUGUGCUAGAGGGAAGCCUGCAGGGACAAUAAAGGACUCUUACAAAUGA